AUAUUAACCCAUAUAUUUAUAUCAAUACUGAAAAGAUUCUCAUAUGGCCGGCCUCCAAAUUUAAAAUUUUAUCCCUGCCCUUGUAUUCAAUCCCACCAGCCAGAGUUUAUAAAAAAAAAAAAAAAAUCCCACCAGCCAGAGAGACUGGACUGCCGGCUCUUUUUUCUCAGGCGAUCUCCCCUCCUCAGGUACGCUUCCGCCUUGCCCUCUCUCUCUCCGACCUGUGUUUUUCUUGUUUCUUUGUUCCUGCAGAGGCCUAAAUAAUCAUGGCCCUAUAUGCGCUGAAUAUCGCCCAUUACUUGGAAUUGGAAUUAGAAUUCUUUAACUCGGGCACCUGAAUCGUUAUCGUCCUAUAAAGUCUCAAGACAAUUGCUUUGCUUUCUGGUGGUAAUGGACUGAAUUAGUUGUUAUUAUUAAGGCGCCAGCGUCCCUUCUGGCUGGCACAUUCUUCUGGAGCUUAUGCUUUAUUUUAUUUGUUUGUUCGGUUGAUUGUGCGUACUAGGGAGGUUGGGCUGGGAGUUUUAUUGGUUGUUUGCGAGUCGCACCAAAGAGUGUUUUUUUAAUUUUGUUUUACCUUGAUGGGGAUGUGGGUUCUAUCGUUUUCAUGGCCAAAAGGAUGUUUAGGUAACUGGGGUGAAGUUUUGUGGUCUUGUCGACAAUGGAGUUUUAGGUCAAGAAGGCAGUAUGGAUUUGAGGAAUUCGUUUAGUUUCCAAUGUUGCGAUUACUUCUCAGUUCUCUGUCGGCAGGUUCCUUAGAUGACUGGUUUCAUUGCUUCUUGUCUAUGCCUUGUUGAAGUUCAAAUUUCUACCAUGUAUGCUAAUGCAAAUGGGCACUGCUGCUGGAGAAACUAUGCAAUGUUAACCGUUUCAAUAUGGAAGUGUUUUGGCGUCCAAUAAGUUAGAUACAUUGGCAAGAUCGAACAUUUUAAGUGUACCGUAGCUAGCUGUUCUGUGAUAUGAAAUAUCUGUUCACUCAGAAGUCAGAACUAUGAAUGUAUCACUUUUCAAUGCUUCCAAUGAUAAACCAAUCAUUUGACUGCAUGUUCUCCAUGUCCCUCUCUUUCCCCCAUUCCCCUCCCCUUGAGCGACAAGCAUUGCCAAGUCAAUUGUCUGUUUUUGACAUUUCCUGUACAUGGAUUUGUAUGAUCCAACUUUGUUUGUGUUCAUUGCAGUGGUGUAAAGCAGAUUCUCCUGUAAAAUGGCUGCCUUCAAAGCUUUCUGGAAUAGCCCUGUUGGUCCAAAGACGACACACUUUUGGGGACCUGUGGCGAAUUGGGGAUUUGUGGCAGCUGGUCUGGUAGAUAUGCAGAAACCCCCAGAGAUGAUCUCUCCGAAUAUGACGGGAGCGAUGUGUGUUUAUUCAGCAUUGUUCAUGAGGUUUGCCUGGAUGGUACAGCCACGCAACUAUCUCCUUCUAGCCUGUCAUGCUUCAAAUGAGACUGUCCAACUCUAUCAGUUCUCACGGUGGGCAAAGGCUCAAGGGUACUUGUCUGAGGAGAAAAAGGAAAAGGCCUAAUGGAUGUGCCUUCGUAUAUCAAUCACCGGAGGCUGCUGCACAUUGUUCUAGUGAUUUUCUUCUUCUACUUCUCUGAACUCACUUUGUUUCUUGUAUCAAACGCUUGUGACCACGUUGUCCGAUUAAGGUCAGAAUUCUCUCAAGUUAAUUUUUUUUUCCAGAAUUGAUGUGAUGCUAUUUAUGACAUUUUGGCUGGAGAAAUAACAUGCACAGAGCAUAACAAGAGGACCAAGAAUGGGCUUUUCCAUGUACCAUCUGUCCUUUUAGGAAGCAGAAUUGUACUUCAAAACCAUUUGAUGAAAAACUUGUACUUGUCAACUUGACAAUCUUCGUAAGGCUCUCUUGUUCUGUUAUUCUUGUCAUGGUGGUUUGUGAUUGCGAUCCAGGAUGGGCCAAUCUGGGGCCUUUGUAAGGAAGGAUGGGUGGAUUACAUUUCAUUGUAACAUCGGGUUAUACUUGCAAUGAAUUCUUGAAAAUUUU